AUGGCGAACUCUGAAGCCUCGCGGCCAAAAGCGGCUUCAGCAGAAAAGGAGGACAGCGCGCCUGCCCCUCCCCCCCUAGAUGCUGCAGAUAUCGAUAUCCUGAAGUCAUACGGAUUGAGUCCUUACACUGCGAGCACCAAGAAGGUGGAAAACGACAUCAAACAGCAGGCACAGCGCAUUGCGAAGCUGUGUGGCGUGAGAGAAAGCGACACUGGUCUCUGCCCGCCCUCUCAGUGGGAUCUUGCAGCAGACAAGAGACUGAUGCAGGAGCAGCCCUUGCAGGUUGCUCGCUGCACUAAAAUUAUUCCGCCUUGUGGAGCAUCGGGGAGUGGACCGUCCCAGAGUGCUUCUAGGAGUGGCAUGACAGGGGAUGUCGAUGACGAGCCCAAGUACAUCAUCAACGUCAAGCAGAUCGCAAAAUUCGUCGUUGGAUUGGGGGAGAAGGUUGCCGCCAUGGAUAUUGAGGAAGGCAUGCGAGUCGGGGUCGAUCGGAACAAGUACAAGAUUCAGAUUCCCCUCCCGCCCAAGAUUGAUCCGACGGUUGUGAUGAUGACGGUGGAGGAGAAGCCAGACGUGACGUACAGCGACGUCGGCGGUGCGAAGGAGCAGCUCGAGCAGUUGCGUGAAGUGCUCGAGCUUCCUUUGCUUCACCCUGAGCGGUUCUUGUCGCUGGGCAUUGAUCCCCCCAAGGGUGUGCUGCUGUACGGCCCCCCUGGCACUGGCAAGACCCUUACAGCAAGGGCAGUUGCCAAUAGGACAGACGCCUGCUUCAUUUGUGUAAUUGGAUCAGAACUUGUGCAGAAGUAUGUGGGAGAGGGCGCGCGCAUGGUGCGCGAGCUGUUCGAGAUGGCACGAAGUCGCCGGGCUUGCAUCCUCUUUAUAGACGAGAUUGAUGCGAUUGGCGGCAGCAGAGGGUCUGAGGGCGAAUCAGGAGGUCACGGAGAUCACGAAGUACAGCGAACCAUGCUGGAGAUUGUCAAUCAGCUCGAUGGUUUCGAGGCACGAGGAAACGUGAAAGUUCUCAUGGCGACGAACAGACCAGACACCCUAGAUCCCGCCCUUCUACGCCCAGGCCGACUCGACCGGAAAAUCGAGUUUGGGCUUCCAGACCUCGAAGGCCGCACCCACAUCCUGCGCAUUCACGCCAAAACUCUCAGCGUAGACAGAAACAUCAGAUACGAGCUGCUCGCGCGGCUCUGCCCUAACAGCACGGGCGCAGAUCUCCGCUCUGUCUGCACGGAGGCGGGCAUCCUCGCAAUAAGGGCCAGGAAAAAGAGCAUUUCAGAGAAGGACUUCAUUGAGGCGAUUAACCGCGUGAUCAAAGGGUACAAGAAGUUUAGCGCUACUGCCAAGUACAUGGUCUACAACUAG